UGCUCCUAUAUCCCUCCUUGUAAGAGAGAAAAUCAGAAGAACUUGGAAAAUGUCAUGAAUUGGCAACAGUACUGGAAAGAUGAAAUUGGUUCCCAGCCAUUUAUUUGCUAUUUUAAUCAAUAUCAAAGACCAGAUGACGUGCUCCUGCAUCGCACCCAUGAUGAGAUUGUCCUCCUCCAUUGCUUCCUCUGGCCCCUGGUGACAUUUGUGGUGGGUGUUCUCAUUGUGCUCCUGACCAUCUGUGCCAAGAGCCUGGCAGUCAAGGCAGAAGCCAUGAAGAAACGCAAGUUCUCUUAAAGGGGAGUAGGCUUGUGGAAAGCAAAGCACAGAAGCUGUAUGCGUGGGCACACAUCAACCUGCAGAGCUCGCGUCUCCUGGCACAGGAGAUGGAAGGGGCCACGACAGGUCUCUGAGAGGCUCCUCCUUCAGUGGCAGCAGAAACAGGCACAAUAGGAAGACUUGGGACCUCAUAGCUUGUAUUCCAUGUGUUGUAGCACUGGCUAAGGGUAAAGCUCUUAGCUGUAUGGAGUAACCGUUUCCAAAAACCCUAUAAGAAGUUAAUUUUCUUUGGAAAGUAACAGUAUAUUAUUUGUACAAUGUAGUAUACAAACCAUUAUGAUUUAUGCUACUUAAAAAUAUUAAAAUAGAGUGGUCUGUGUUCUUUUUUAUUUCCUUUUUUAUGCUUAGAAUACCAGAGUAAAUAAAAAGGUCUUCUGGGUUUCAUUUGAUUCUGCUAGAUUAAACUUCUACUUGACAGUGAG